CUCCCAUAGGGCAUACAUACGUAUAUAUAAAAGUAAAAACAAGCUCACUCAAUUUAGGAUUAGUCAUUACCUUAACCUCUAAACCCCGCAACCUCCUCCCACAAUCUCUCAUCUAUUUUUCAUUUUAAGGUACCCAUUACCCAUUAUUCAAAUACAAAUCGUCCUUUAAAGCUAAGACUUUUUACUUUUUUUUGGGUUGAAUUAAUCACACAAAUUUGUACAUAUACAUACCAAUUUUCAUGAAAUACUAGCCAAAUUUUUUAAUUCAAGUAUUAUUAUUAAUAUAUUAUAAUAAUGUUUUCUUUAAACAGAAACAGAGUUUCUCUGUUUUUUGUAGUAAAUUUCUGGGUUUUCUGGGUAUUUUCAAUGAAUUUAAAUGCUGAUUUUAUUAGUAGAAAUGAUUUUCCUGACGGGUUUAUGUUUGGAACAGCUUCUUCUGCUUACCAGUUUGAAGGAGCUGUAAAUGAAGGAAACAGAGGAGAGAGUAUUUGGGAUACUUUCUCAAGACUUCCGGGGAGGAUAUUGGAUUUUAGCCAUGCGGAUGUAGCUGUUGAUCAAUAUCAUAGAUUUAAGAGUGAUGUAAAGUUAAUGAAGGAUCUAGGAAUGGAUGCUUACAGAUUCUCUAUCUCUUGGCCUAGAAUUUUCCCAAAUGGUACAGGAGAACCAAACCCUGAAGGAAUAAAAUACUACAAUAAUCUUAUUGAUGCUUUGCUUGAGAAAGGAAUCCAACCUUAUGUAACCUUAUACCAUUGGGAUCUUCCACAAGCCCUGGAAGACCGUUACGAUGGAUGGUUGAACAAUCAAAUUAUUAAAGAUUUUGAGCUUUAUGCAUCGACAUGCUUUGAAGCUUUUGGGGAUAGAGUAAAAUAUUGGGUUACCUUCAACGAGCCUCGAGGGUUUUCCAUCCAAGGCUAUGAUUCCGGAGUCCAAGCUCCCGGAAGAUGUUCGUUUUUCAUUCAUUUGUUAUGUAAGGAAGGAAAAUCAUCAGAUGAGCCUUAUGUAGUAGCUCACAAUAUAUUGCUUUCUCAUGCUGCUGUUUACCAUACUUACCAAAAGAAAUAUAAGGAAAUACAAGGAGGAUCAAUUGGGAUUGCAUUGGAUGCCAAAUGGUUCGAGCCAAUAACUAGUAAAAAGGAAGAUCGAGAUGCUGCACAAAGGGCAUUGGAUUUCUCCCUUGGAUGGUUCCUUGAUCCACUAUUCUUCGGAUAUUAUCCAAGUUCGAUGAAGAAACGUGUUGGAAACAGGCUUCCUGAAAUUUCACUCGAGAUAUCAACACAACUGAAAAAUACUUUAGAUUUCGUUGGCAUUAACCAUUACACAACAUUGUAUGCUCGAAAUGACAGAAUCGGGUUCAGGAAAUUCAUACUGCAGGACGCCUCAAGUGAUUCGUCUGUCAUUACUUCUCCUAAUAGGUAUGGUGUACCAAUUGGAGAAAGGGCUGCUUCGAGGUGGCUUGUGAUCGUCCCUUGGGGCAUUCGUUCAGUAGCAAGAUAUGUUCGGGACAAUUAUAACAACCCUCCGAUGUUCAUUACCGAAAAUGGCAUGGAUGAAGAGCACAAGCCACAUGUAGCAUUGAAUGAUGCCUUACAAGAUAAUAAAAGAAUAAGUUUCCAUAGAGACUACCUUUCCAACCUCUCGGCUGCUAUAAGGCAAGACGAGUGUGAUGUUCGAGGAUACUUCGUAUGGUCCUUGCUAGAUAAUUGGGAAUGGAAUCUCGGUUAUACACAUCGUUUUGGACUGUAUUAUGUGGACUACAAGAACAAUCUUACAAGAAUCCCCAAGAAUUCUGUUAAUUGGUUCAAAACUUUUCUUAGAGUUGGUGAUAAUAGUCUUUACAAAGCAUCAUAAUUUAAUUUUUAUAAUUUUGUUCUUGGAUUUGCAAACACGUCAUCUUUAUGUACAUGACAAAAAAAAUUUAAAAUAUAACAUUUUAUUACAAAUUAUAGAGGUUAUUUUCCAUUAACUCUUGUAGCAAACAUAUGUGCCACAUUAGAAAAGCAAGAGCUUCUAGUUGGUAAUGAAAUUCCGUGAAAAGAAAAUACGUGUUUAAUUAGAGUUUCAUUCCCAUAAGGAUGACAUGUUAUUAUAUUAAUGAAAAUUUAUACAAUUUUUUU